CUUCCGCUGCUUUCCGGUCGCGAGUUGCGGAGGACUAUCUUGGAUCGCAAUGGCGUUUCCCCUGAGCCUCUUGCUUGGCGGUCGUGUCCGCGCCGCUGUUGCUCGCUGUGGGUUCGCGACCCAGGGCGUGGGGGGCCCUGGCCUCGUGGGCCGCGAGCCGGACCCUGAUUCCGACUGGGAGCCGGAGGAGCGGGCGCUCCAGGAGGUGGAGAGCACUCUGAAACGCCAGAAAAAAGCAAUGAGAAUCCAGAAAAUUCGAAGGCAGAUGGAGGCUCCAGGUGCUCCACCCAGAACACUGACGUGGGAAGCCAUGGAGCAGAUCCGGUAUUUACAUAAGGAAUUUGCAGAAUCUUGGUCAGUUCCCAGGUUGGCAGAAGGCUUUGAUGUCAGCACCGAUGUUAUCAGAAGGGUUUUAAAAAGUAAGUUUGUACCCACUUUGGAGCAGAAACUGAAGCAGGAUCAGAAGGUCCUAAAAAAAGCUGGGUUUGCCGGAGUGGUUUCUGGAAAUACUGUGAAGCCACUUGGUACAGGCCGUUCUGUAUCUGACCUGCUGCUGCUGCCAGGAGCUGAAGAGUCGUCUAAAAGCCAGAAUCAGAGCACAGCGUUAAAAGUGCUAGGGUCAGACACUCACAGCUCAGCUGCACGGAGAAGACCGGAGGAAAGGACUAAAAGAAUCCAAGGUUUGGAAGAAAGCUGGGUGCCUACCACUGCAGCCGUGGGUCAUCAGAGCGAGCUUCAGAAACACACCACCAAUGAUUCUAAAGCCACUCCAAGAGCUGACAGGGAUAAGUUGCUGAGUGCUGAGAAGCUGGAAGAGUUGAAGGCUGGGGAGCCAGGCGACCAGAACUUCAGCAGCAAAGUAGUACAGAGGGGGCGGGAGUUCUUUGACAGCAAUGGGAACUUCCUCUACAGAAUUUGAGUCUGGGCCUGGCUUCUCCAGAUGCCGUGACACAGCUGGGCAAGUAGAUUUGAAGUUGCCAGCAUUUCUGCAUACGAUCGGCUGCUUUGGAAGAAUCUAGGCUAGGAUGUGAGUGGAGGAGCUACUUGGCUAGAGUCAGACCUCUGGAGUAAGCCCCAUUGGACCCCUGCGGAUCUAAAUCUCAUUGGUCCUUGUUGCUUGGUCUCACUGUUGAGAACAAGUAUUAUAUGUGAUGUGUCAUCAAUUUGUGUUACUGUGUUGAGAGGAAAUGGAAAGCUUGCCUCCUGACCUCAUUUCCUUCUUGAUCACCGAACACUAACAGUUCUUGAAUGGUUUAAUCAGAUGGUUUCCUUAUGUGCAAAAUAAAGUAAAAAUGUAGUA